AUGGCGGAGGCCUCGGGCCUUGGACCCUGGGAGCUGGGCGGCGAUUCCAAUUUCGAGAAGCGGCAUGGCGGGCGGCGAUCCUGGCGCGAUGACGAUGGCAGCGGCGGCUCCGCUUUUGGCGAGCGGGCUGCCGAUGAUGAUCUACUCUGGGCCGCGUUGGAAAAGCUGCCGACGUAUCGCCGCCUGCGCACGGCAUUCUUGGAGGAAAUCGAGGGUCAAGAAGGAGGCGCGGGGCAAGAUCACGCGGACAAGAGGCUGUACGUGGAUGUGAGCUCGCUUAGCACGCAGGAGCGGCAAAGAAUCCUCGAGAAGGCGUUUGCUACCACGGAGCAGGACAACGAGCGGCUGGUGGCGAGGCUGCGCGAGAGGAUUCAAGCCGUCGGCGUGCAAAUCCCACGGAUCGAGGUGAGGUUUUCCAGCCUCUGCAUCGCUGCCAAUGCAUACGUCGGCUCCCGGGCUCUGCCGACGCUCUUCAACUUCGUCAGGAACUUGGCCGAAGGAUUUCUCUCAGUCUCUGGCAUUCUUGCUUCCAAGAAGCGAGAGAUUCAGAUCCUCAAGGACGUGAGUGGGGUGGUGAAGCCGGGAAGAAUGAUGCUGUUGCUGGGGCCGCCGGGGUCUGGAAAGUCGACGCUCUUGCGAGCUCUAGCAGGAAAGCUGGAUCCAAGCCUCAAGACAUCGGGCUCCAUCACCUACAAUGGACACAGCUUCCAGGACUUUGAAGCUCGCAGAACCGCGUCUUACAUCAGCCAGGAUGACAACCAUAUCGGAGAGCUUACUGUUCGCGAGACUCUCGACUUUGCUGCUCGCUGCCAGGGCGUGGGGUUCACGUAUGACAUGCUGGUGGAGCUCGUUCGUCGCGAGAAGGAGGCGCACAUAAGGCCGGAUCCUUACAUCGAUGCUUUCAUGAAAGCUUGCGCCGUCAAGGGGGCCAAGCACAGUGUCCGGACGAACUAUAUCAUGAAGAUGCUGGGACUGGAAGUGUGUGCCGACACGGUUGUGGGAAGUGAUAUGCUGAGGGGUGUCUCGGGUGGACAGAAGAAGCGCGUGACAACCGGGGAGAUGAUCGUCGGUCCAAAGAAGACGCUCUUGAUGGACGAGAUCUCCACAGGUUUGGACAGCUCCACGACGUUCCAGAUUGUGAAGUGCGUGAGGAACUUCGUCCAUUGCCUGGAAGCGACGGUUUUGAUGGCUCUCCUCCAGCCGCCACCGGAAACUUUCGAGCUGUUCGACGACGUCUUGCUGCUGUCCGAGGGUCAUAUUGUUUACCUUGGUCCACGAGACAGGAUUCUAGAGUUCUUCGAGAGCAUGGGAUUCAAGUUGCCACCGAGGAAAGCGGUAGCUGAUUUCCUUCAAGAGGUGACGUCGAAGAAGGACCAGCGGCAGUACUGGUCUGAUGACAGCAGGCCUUACAAGUACAUCUCGGUGCCUUCCUUUGCAAAGGCAUUCAAGGACUUUGAAGUUGGUCAAGAUCUCAGCAUUUAUCUCGCAACGCCAUACGACAAAGACUCUAGCCACCCCGCAGCUCUGAUGAAGACCAAGUACGGCAUUUCAAAGUGGCAGAUGUUCAAGGCAUGCACGGAGCGAGAGUGGCUGCUGAUCAAGCGGAACAGGUUCUUGUACACGUUCAGGACUGCUCAGGUUGCCUUCAUGGCCUUCGUGGCGGGAACACUGUUUCUAAGAACGAGGCUCCAUCCGGACAACGCGACAGACGCAAACCUCUACCUGGCGACGCUGUUCUACGCUCUGGUGCACAUGAUGUUCAACGGUUUCUCGGAGAUGUCUAUCACGGUCCUGCGGCUCCCGGUGUUCUACAAACAGAGAGACAACCUCUUCUUCCCAGGCUGGGCUUUUUCGCUUCCAAACUGGAUACUGAGGAUUCCCUACUCGAUAAUAGAGGGGGUCAUAUGGUCGUGCAUCGUCUACUACACGGUCGGGCUUUCUCCAGAGCCAGGAAGGUUCUUUCGAUACAUGUUUCUUCUCAUACUCAUGCACCAGAUGGCACUGGCGAUGUUUAGAUUCAUUGGUGCAGUUGGAAGGAACAUGAUCGUGGCCAACACUUUCGGCUCGUUCGGCAUCCUUAUUGUAUUCCUGCUGGGAGGCUUCGUCAUCGACAGGACUCACAUUCCUGCGUGGUGGAUAUGGGGAUACUGGGUUUCGCCACUCUCUUAUGCCGAGAACGCACUGGCAGUCAACGAGUUCAGAGCUCCAAGGUGGGGUGACAUAUAUAUGGAGAUAUUGGAGCCUCGAGGAUUGUUUCCGGAUACUUACUGGUACUGGAUAGGAGUGGUGGUGCUUGUCGGCUACACGCUAGUGCUGCAGCUACUGGGAACUCUGGCCCUUUCGUAUUUCGAUCCAAUCCGUAAGCCGCAAGCGGUGGUUAUCGAGGAGGUUUUGGAGGCGACGUCAAGUGACGAAGAUGGAAAAGGAAAAGACGAUGAAGAGUUUCACGAGGUGGAGAUGGAAGUGCUGAAUGACCAGGCUAAGGGGAUGAUUCUACCAUUCGAGCCACUGUCCCUCACGUUCCACAACGUGUGUUACUUUGUCGACAUGCCGGCCGAGAUGAAAGCUCAAGGCGUGACGGAGGACAGGCUCCAGCUUCUUCGAGAUGUUAGCGGUGCUUUCAGGCCUGGUGUUCUUACAGCUCUUGUUGGAGUCAGUGGAGCCGGGAAGACGACUCUGAUGGACGUUCUCGCUGGCCGGAAAACUGGUGGCUACAUUGAUGGGGAUAUCAGAAUUUCUGGCUUUCCAAAGGUCCAGAAAACAUUCGCAAGGAUUUCCGGCUACGUAGAGCAGACAGACAUCCACUCGCCUCAGGUGACGGUGUACGAGUCGCUGAUAUAUUCUGCCUGGCUUCGUCUCCCGGGAGAAGUUGAUGCAGCAACCAGGUACUCGUUCGUGGAAGAGGUGAUGGAGCUGGUUGAACUUGGAAGUUUGAGGAACUCGCUGUUGGGACUUCCAGGGACGUCCGGACUGUCUACCGAGCAGAGAAAGAGGCUGACAAUAGCGGUGGAGCUCGUGGCAAAUCCUUCCAUCAUCUUCAUGGACGAGCCAACCUCGGGUCUGGAUGCUCGAGCGGCAGCGAUCGUCAUGAGAACUGUAAGAAACACGGUGGACACGGGAAGGACAGUUGUGUGCACCAUUCACCAGCCGAGCAUUGAUAUCUUCGAGUCGUUUGACGAGCUGCUACUGAUGAAACGCGGUGGAAGAGCUAUAUACGUCGGCUCUCUUGGACCACACUCGAAGACUAUGGUGGACUACUUCGAGGCGAUACCCGGAGUCCCCCCCCUGAAAGAAGGCUACAAUCCAGCGACAUGGAUGCUUGAGAUCUCCAGUCCAGCAGUGGAGGCCCGACUCGGCAAAGACUUCGCCGACAUCUUCAAGAGCUCGGCCUCGUACCAGAGAACCGAGAGUCUGAUUGAGUCACUCAAAGUUCCAGCAGCAGGCUCGAAGGCCUUGGCUUUCUCCACGGACUAUGCGCUGGAUACUUGGGGCCAAUGCCGAGCUUGCCUGUGGAAGCAGCACUUGACGUAUUGGAGGAACCCGUACUACAACGUCGUCAGGCUCUUCUUCACGUUCGUCUGCGCUCUGAUCUUUGGAUCCAUCUUCUGGGGGGUGGGAAAGCACCGAGAGACGCAGCAGGACGUUUUCAACGUGAUGGGAGUCCUGUUUGGAGCGGUGGUGUUUUUGGGAGUGAACAACUCGUCCAGCGUCCAGCCGGUGGUGGCCGUCGAGCGAACGGUGUUUUACCGUGAGCGAGCAGCGGGGAUGUACUCGCCUCUCCCGUACGCGUUCGCGCAGGGGGCCAUCGAGCUGCCGUAUAUCCUCGUCCAGACGCUGCUGUACGGGGUGAUCACGUACGCGAUGAUCCAGUUCGAGCUGUCGCUGGCCAAGUUCUUGUGGUACUUGCUCUUCAUGUUCCUCACCUUCGCCUACUUCACCUUCUACGGGAUGAUGGCGGUGGGACUCACUCCCUCGCAGCAGCUAGCGUCGGUGAUCUCGUCGGCCUUCUACUCGGUGUGGAACUUGUUCUCGGGAUUCUUCAUCCCCAAGAGGAGGAUGCCCGCCUGGUGGGUGUGGUUCUACUACAUCGAUCCGGUCAGCUGGACGCUGUAUGGGCUCACGGUGUCGCAGCUCGGGGACGUGGAAGAUGUCAUCACUGUUCGUGGCAGCCUUGGCGAGAUCAGCGUCAAGAGGUUUCUCAAGGACUACUUUGGCUUCGAGGAGGACUUUGUGGGGGUCUGCGCUGCGGUCAUGCUCGGCUUUGUGAUUCUCUUCUGGCUCGUUUUUGCGUUCUCGAUCAAGUUUAUCAACUUCCAGCGGCGAUGAGGUAAUGAAAGCUUUAAGCUCGUUGUGGACGAUCUUUGGCUGAUUAUUUUCUUUCCCUUUAGACAGG